GCCCGGAGAAGCCGACGAGGCCUAUCAGGCCCUCAUGCUGGCCUGGAGUACCGAGACAAAGAAACGGGCAGAUGACGUUGCCGCAACAGCGAAGAAGAAGGCAGAGGAUGUCGAGCAGGCACGUCUGGUGGCACUUGAACAACAGCGCCAGCAUGACGACGCAGCAGCAAGGGCUGCCGAUGAAGAAAGGAACCAGCGUCGUGAGAAGAUAUUUACCGGAGAGCGGGCCUUACUUACAAUGGCAGCGGAAUGGCGGACCGAAGCGGAGGAUGACAAGUUGGAGGAUAGCGCAAACAAGAUCGCGCUCCUCUCGCACCUCACAGACCUCCUGGCAACCUGCAUUACUCAGCAGUCGGAGAUCCUCGGUCUCGACACCUCGCUAGCUCACGUCCAAGACCGCCUUCAGCGGUUAGAGCAGCGACCAGUCACCGCCGUCGACGCAAGCCCUUUCAAUACUGUCGACCGCCUCAACGCAUUGGARAUGGACGUCGGCUCACUCAAGGAUGGCGUGCAACUACAGCAGACUGCGACGCAACAGUUGCAACAGCGGAUCUGCACUACUGCCACCACCUCGAGUUCAGAACCGUGCGAGACAACUCCAAAGUUCGACGGGCAGGAGAUCUUCUGCGAUUCAAUGAAGACAGAUCCGAUUCCAUGGUUCCGCAAGUUCGAGCUCACGCUGCAGCUGUCCAACGUCAAAGAACACAAGCACCACGCAUACUUGUACUCUCGUUCAAGGGGCGCGUGCCACACUUGGUUGGACAACCUCUUGUCCAAGUACGGAGUAGUAGCAGCCGAUUUGCACACCAAGAUCAGUUGGGAUGAUCUGAAGGCGGUGUGGCACAAGCGGUUCCAGGUGGAGCCGCCAGAGAUCAAAGCCAUGGACAAGCUCAUGGUCUUCGAGCAAGGCACGCUGCCAAGUACGGACUGGAUCGCCGAGUACCAAUGCUUGACGUCAGUCGCAGACAUCCAGAUGGGCUUCAAAGCCAUCCGCCAUUACUUCAUCUCAAGGUCAUGUCCGGCAUUAAGCAAUGCCCUGACGCAUGUUGAGGACAUCUUGAGGACGACGGCAGAGUUGUUCGACAAGGCUGCGCAGAUCAUCAUCACGAACAAGGAGGCCAAAAACCUCCGUUCAUCUGCGUCAGGCCCGAACAGGGACCAGCAUCGGCCAAGAGUGGCCGUGGUCGCAGCGGCAACGCCGUUUGACCAAACUAGCAAGGUUGUGUCUGCCAGUGAAGGGGACAUACUCGCAGCCGCCCGGGAAGACGCUGGUCUGCCCGUUGAAAGGCAAGGGCAAACAGGAAAACUGAGCACCGCCGAGAGUGACUCGACAACACUCUCGACGCCUUCGGAACCGGUUUCUUCGCGAGUAACCGUCCUUCAUUCCGAGGCGCACCCGGAAAUCGAUAGUCCUCCUCUUCUACUUUCUUUUGAGGACUAUGCUGCCCGGCUCGUUCCUACGCUGGGUACUCAAGCUCAAGGACAAGAAGUGUGUGCGGUUUCUUCUCCGUCCAGCAAUGGCGACAUAUCGUCUUCAAGUGGUUCUUCACGGGAUUCGGCACGCGAGUUCAAUAUAGAGGCAUUGGACCCGCUCACGUCCGAGGACUUUGCAUGGCUUCCUCUCCCGACCACAGGCCGCUUGCCGAGACCGCAAUGCGCAACACUUAGCGCUCAUCUCCACACUUACUUAUCCUUCUAUGCACCACCAACUUCGCCGACGGAUGACGAAGUUGCGGUGGGGGACAUCCUGGCGUAUACUACCAAGGUGGCCCGCGAGUUUCGCAUGCAGUGGUACGAUGACAACAACGCACCGCUCAUGUAUGUCCGCAUUCAGGUUGGGCAAGCGUCCUGCAGCGCUUUGCUGGAUAGCGGCGCGUCUCGCAAUUUCAUGAGCCAGUCCUUUAUGCAAAAGGUUGGCUUUGGCGCACAAGUUCGGAGGAAGGCAAACCUGACGGCGAUCAAGUUCGCGGAUGGAAAGACGCAACAACUUCUCGACCAUUACAUCGAGGCUGUACCGGUCUACUUCGCACCUCAUGCAUGCGAAUCGGUGACAUUCGAUAUUCUCGACACAGACUUUGACAUCAUUCAAGGAAUGCCUUGGCUUGCAAAUGCGGAUCACACGAUCAACUUCCACCGACGGACUCUUAGCGUUCGCGACGCCUUCGGCGUGGAAGUGGCGUGUACUAUUCCUCUACCGCACCCUUCGAUCCGGUGCCAAGUGGUGACGGCCAAAUCAUUUCGGGCGACUUGCGCUUACGAGCAGCCCAAGGAGAUCGGCCUAUGUUUCCUACGGACCGUCGCAGUAGCCGACACUUCACCCACGGACUUGUCUUCGGACCCCCGUGUGGUGCGGUUGCUGGACAAGUUCGCCGACAUCUUCGAGUCACCUACCGGUGUGGUGCCGGAUCAGUCGAUCUCUCACGAGAUCAUUCUUGAGGCCGGUGCCGUGCCGCCGAAAGGUUGCAUCUAUCGGAUGAGCGAGGAGGAACUUGAGGUGCUCCGUGCACAACUCGAUGAAUUGCUGGCCAAGGGUUGGAUCCGCCUUAGCAGCUCCCCAUAUGGAGCACCAGUUCUCUUCGUCAAGAAGAAGAACAAGGAUCUACGAUUGUGUGUCGACUACCGUAAGCUCAACGCGCAAACCGUCAAGAACGUGGGGCCUCUCCCUCGCAUCGACGAUCUUCUUGAGCGACAGGGUAGCGCAAAGUAUUUUUCUAAGUUGGAUUUGAAAUCGGGAUAUCAUCAAAUCUCGAUCCGGCCGAACGAUCGCUACAAGACCCCGUUCAAGAUACGGUACGGGCAUUUUGAGUGGGUGGUCAUGCCUUUUGGCCUCACCAACGCCCCGGCGACCUUUCAAGCGGCAAUGACUAAUGAGUUCCGUGCAAUGUUGGACCAGUUCCUGCUGGUCUACUUAGACAAUAUUCUCGUCUAUAGCCGGUCAUUAGAGGAUCAUCUUGGGCAUCUUCGACGAGUGUUGGAGACGCUCCGCCGCGCCAAGUACAAAGCCAACCGCGACAAGUGUGAAUUUGUCCGGCAAGAGCUGGAAUACUUAGGCCAUUAUGUCACCUCGGAGGGCAUCAGUCUGCUAUCGGACAAGAUUCAGGCCAUCCAAGAGUGCCCGGAGCCUCGGAACGUCACGGAUGUCCGCUCGUUCCUCGGCUAUGGCAUUGGUGCAGUCCUCGAGCAACAUGAUGGUGUGGACUGGCACCCGGUCGAGUAUUUCAGCAAGAAAGUGCCCAUCGUGCAUUCCAUUGACGAUGCACGCAAGAAGGAGCUCCUCGCCUUCGUCCACCCGCUCAAGCGGUGGCGGCACUUCCUCUUUGGUCGAAGCCAAUUUCGCUGGGUAACGGACAACAAUCCGUUGGUCUUUUACAAGACCCAAGACACCGUCAACAGCACCAUCGCUCGAUGGAUGCCUUUCAUCGACCAAUUCGACUUCUUUCCCGAUCACAUUCCCGGGAAGUCGAACCGUUUUGCGGAUGCUCUUUCACGGCAUCCGGAUCAUUGUACCGCGGUCUACUCAACCUUUGAGAUCGACGAUGACUUGCGGAACAACUUCAUCCGCGGCUACCAAGCCGACCUCGAGUUUCGCGACAAGUACACGAAUUGCUCUCCUAAUCCGACGCCUUCUCACUACCGGAUCCAAGAGGGGUACUUGCUUGUCCACACGCGGGGGAAGGACCUCCUUUGCGUACCGAGUGAUCCUCACUUGCGUACAGGGCUUCUUGGCGGGUUCCACGACGCUCCCGCCACCGGACAUUUUGGAGUCAAUCGCACGAUUGGUCGACUCCGCGAGCGAUUUUGGUGUCCGGCCUUCUCGGCGACGUCACACGUUAUUGCGAGUCAUGCGAGGGUUGCCGACGCUGCAAAUCCCGCAAUCAUCGUCCGUACGGCGAGUUACGACCACUAUCAGUCCCAUUGAGGCGAAGGGAAGCGAUUGCCAUAGAUAUUACCGGCCCGUUCCCCAAGCACAAGA